GAGUUUCCGGGGUUGUCAGAGCAGGCGGUGUACACAGUGUAAAAAACAGCAUUGUGUACCCCUUUUUUCUCCGCUUUUCUACGUUUAUUUAGCAAACGACAGCUCCGGGAAUAAGUGUCUCUCAAAAGCGAGGUGAUCAUCGGCGUAAGGGACCCGCGGGACGUGUGGAAAGAUGAACUUCUUCAGGGGAGUGAUGGGUGGGCAAGCAGCCGGGCCGCAGCCGUCGGGAGCGGAGACGAUUCAAAAACUGUGUGAUCGGGUGGCCUCCUCUACACUACUGGAGGACCGCAGGGAUGCUGUCAGAGCUCUGAAGUCCCUGUCUAAGAAAUACCGAAUGGAAGUUGGAACGCAGGCAAUGGACCAUUUGAUCAAUAUUCUCCAAACUGACAGGUCUGACUCUGAAAUUGUCGGCUACGCUUUGGACACUUUAUACAACAUUAUCUGCAACGAUGAGGAGGAAGAGCAAGAUGAAUCAGAAGACGCUGUAACCCCUAAGCCUAAGCAAAAGACUGUACCCUUGCCUGAUGAAAAUGCACAGAAACAGGCCGAUGAUCUUGGAGCUCAGUUCACUGAGAAAUUCAUAGAGGAUCCUGAACAUGUGACCCUGCUGCUCACGUUGUUAGAGGAGUUUGACUUCCAUGUGCGCUGGCCUGGAGUAAAGCUGUUAACAGCUCUACUGAAGAACCAGGGUCCUCAGGUGCAGGGUGUCAUCCUCGUCAGUCCUAUGGGUGUCUCCAGGCUGAUGGAUUUACUGGCCGACUCUCGAGAAAUCAUAAGAAACGAUGGCCUUCUACUUCUUCAACAGCUGACCAAGAGCAAUGCUGCCAUUCAGAAAAUCGUUGCCUUUGAAAAUGCCUUCGAGCGCCUUUUAGACAUCAUCACUGACGAGGGCAGCAGUGAUGGAGGCAUUGUGGUGGAGGACUGUCUCCUGCUCCUGCUGAACCUGCUCAAAAAUAACAGCUCCAACCAGAACUUCUUUAAGGAGGGUUCGUACAUCCAGAGAAUGAAGCCCUGGUUUGAGGUUGGAGACGAUAACGCCGGCUGGUCUGCACAGAAAGUCACAAAUUUACACCUCAUGCUGCAGCUUGUUCGUGUGUUGGUGUCUCCGGUGAACUCUCCUGGAGCCACGGCGAGCUGUCAGAGAGCCAUGUUCACCUGUGGUUUACUGCAGCAGCUCUGCACCAUCCUCAUGGCCACCGGGGUCCCUGCAGACAUCCUCACUGAGACCAUUAACACUGUGUCAGAAGUUAUAAGAGGCUCUCAAGUCAACCAGGACUACUUUGCUUCUGUUAACGCGCCCUCAAACCCACCAAGACCGGCCAUUGUGGUGCUGCUCAUGUCGAUGGUCAAUGAGCGACAGCCGUUUGUGCUUCGCUGUGCUGUUCUUUACUGUUUCCAGUGUUUCUUAUACAAAAACCAAAAAGGCCAAGGAGAGAUCGUAGCAACACUCCUGCCCUCCACUAUUGACGCUAACUCCAUCUCGGCGGGGCAGCUGCUGUGUGGAGGCCUGUUCUCCGCAGACUCUCUGUCAAACUGGUGCGCGGCCGUGGCUCUGGCUCACGCGCUGCAGGAGAACCACACGCAGAAGGAGCAGCUGCUCAGGGUCCAACUGGCCACGAGUCUGGGCAAACCCCCCGUGUCUCUGCUCCAACAGUGCACCAACAUCCUGUCCCAGGGUGAUAAGAUCGCCAGACGGGGCAGUAAAGUUCAGACCAGAGUGGGGCUCCUCAUGCUGCUCUGUACCUGGAUCAGCAACUGUCCCAUCGCCGUCACACACUUUCUACACAACCAGGAGAACGUUCCAUUCUUGACAGCACAGAUCUCAGAGAACCUGGGAGAGGAUGAGAGGCUCGUACAGGGUUUGUGUGCUCUGCUUCUCGGCAUUUGCAUCUACUACAACGACAACUCACUAGAGAACUACACAAAAGAGAAGCUAAAGCAGCUGAUAGAAAAGCGUAUUGGAAAAGAGAACUUUGUAGAGAAACUGGGGUUUAUCACGAAACACGAGCUGUACUCACGAGCGGCGCAGAAACCACAGCCCGUGUUCCCCUCUCCAGAGCAAAUGUUGUUUGACCACGAGUUCACCAAACUAGUCAAAGAUCUGGAGGGGAUGAUAACGAAGGCCGUUCACAAAUCCAGUGAAGAAGAGAAGAAGGAAGAGGAAGUGAAGAAAACGUUAGAACAGCACGACAACAUUGUAACUCAGUACAAAGAACUAAUCAGAGAGCAGGAUGCUGAGAUCCAGAAGUUGAAGGAGCAGGUGGCCUCUGUGUCGACUCAGAACGAGCAGCUCCAGACCACGAUCACACAGCAGGUCUCCCAGAUCCAACAGCACAAGGACCAGUACAACAUCCUCAAGCUUAAAUUAGGUAAAGACAAUCAAAGCCAGUCGAGCAGUCAGGGGGACGUGUCUCAGGUGAAUGGGGUGCAGCAGACGGAGGAAAUGACGCAGCUUCGGGACGAGGUGGAGGAGCUCCGCAAACAGAACGCUCUCCUACAGACUCAGCUCGGGGACAAGGACUCACUCAUCAACACACUGAGAUCAGAAGCAACACUAUCACCAGACGCUCCAUCUGACAACACAGAACUACUCAAGGAGCUGGAGGCUUUGAGAAGUCAGGUUCAGGCUCAGUCAACAGAAAUCAGCCAACUACAGACGGAGAGACAAGAGCUGCUGAGAAGAGCUGAAGCCACAAUGGCGUCAGACACAGUUCAAAGCAGUGACGGCUCAGAAGACCGCGCCAAAGUGACAGAGCUGGAAAACAGACUCGCUGCACAGACGUCGGAGACAGAGAGACUAAAGGGGGAGCUCAAGAGCUUGUCAGAGGGCCGGGCAGACUUGGAGCAGCAGCUAGCGUCAGCCUCCAGCUCUGUGGCGAUCCUGCAGACAGAGAAGUCCAAACUCCAGACAGAUCUACAGGAGUCCAAGAAAGAGCAAGACGACCUCCUCAUGCUGCUCGCCGACCAGGACCAGAAGAUACACAACCUCCGACAGAGACUCAAGGACCUGGGAGAGACGGUGGAGGAUGAAGAUGACCUGGACGCUCGGGACCAAACGGAUGACGACGACGAAGAUGAGGACGAAGAAGACAAUGAAGACUAACUAUAGGAGCACUGAAGAGAAAACGCUACAGUCUGGUUCUACAUUUUGAGUUUGACUGAAAAUACACAACUGGAAAACUGGAAAACGCGACUCUCCUCUGCCGCUCUUUUAUUUUUGUUCACAUGUUCACCGUAGCUGUUCAGUUGAUUCCUCUCUCAUUAUACUUUAAAUUGUUAUGGGGUUGUUAAGUACGAUGUCACGUCUGGGUCUCAGUUGUUUCAUUUUAUUCUGAUAUGUAACGCAGCUCCAAGUUCGCGCCUGUAAAAUCCUAGCCUCGAUGAGCUUCAUUUGACUGGAGACGAACGCAUUUAGUCCACGAAGAUGCAGUCAGCAGAUCAAAUUACAGCAAAUAUUAAGGUUCACAGACAUUCCUAAAUCUAACUCUGAUGCUAACCUUAAGCUGAUUGUCAAAAAUCAACAUUUGCGAGCUUUACCGCUAUCAAAAAAACGUCUCUUGUUCGGUAUAACUGCGUUUGAGGGAAAACUGGGUCAGACACAUCAACGGAAAGUAAAAAAAAAAAAGAUGCUGCGUGCGUUUUUGUUAUAAUUUUAGGUUUAAAUGAGUCUUUUCUUGUCAAAAACGGCAGGUGAAUAGGACAACACUGUGUGAAAGUGGGUCGCCAUGGUUUCCCUGGACGAAAUGCAGAGUUUUUAGGGAGUCCCAGGAAACUGUUGGACCCUUAAGUGACAGUAUUUUCUUAACAGCCCUUUACGUUUUACUUCUACAGUGUUCAUUGUCAUUAUUCUGUUUAUUUACAAAAACAAAGCUAGCAGCAAAGUAUGACGUCACCUGGAUGAAGUUUAAUGUAGCAACAAAAUCCAUGUAUCAUUCGUUCGUUCGUUUUUCAGUAUAAAACCAAACAUAAGAAAAUGAAAAAACAAUCAUUUUCUUCAUUAUUUGUCUCCAAAACCAAAAUGAAAAAACGGAUAACAAAUCAUUUUUUCAGUUUUCGAUUUUGUGUUUAAAUGAAUUUCCCGUUUCCGUGACUUAAACUGCGAUGCCGGACUUUUGCGUCGCAUAUGGACUGAACCAGGACUGAACCAGGACUAAAAUGUUUUCAGUCCUGGUCUGGUCCCAGUCUCAGUCCUGGUCUCAGUCCUGGUCUGGUCCUAGUCUCAGUCCCGGUCUCAGUCCCAGUGUGAUCCUAAUCUCAGUCCCGGUCUGGUCCUGGUCUCGAUCCCGGUCUCAGUCUUGGUCCUAGUCCAGGUCUUAGUCCUGGUCUGGUCCUAGUCUGGUCCUGGUCUCGGUCCUGGUCCUGGUCCCGGUCCCUGUCUCAGUCACGGUCUGGUCACGGUCUCAGUCCUGGUCUGGUCACGGUCUCAGUCCUGGUCUGAUCACGGUCUGGUCACUGUCUCAGUCCUGGUCCUGGUCAAGGUCUCAGUCCUGUUCUGGUCCUGGUCUUGGUCUGGUCCCGGACCUGGUUCAGUCCAGUAUCCCAGUUUAAGUCACUGAAACGGGAAACAGCCGUUAUCCAUUUUUUCCAUUCUUCAUUUAAACACAAAAUCGAAAACUGAAAAAAACAAAUCAUUAUCCGUUUUUUCAUUUUUGUUUUGGAGACAAAUAAUGAAGAAAAUUGUUGUUUUUUUUGUUGUCUUAUUUUUGGUUUUAUAUUGAAAAAUUAAUGAACAAAUGAUACACGGAUUCUACAACUAAUUUAAAAUCCUAUAAAAGUCCUAUAUUAUGCAAAGUUGACUCUUGUGACCUUUAAGUAAUGUUAUAAUGUUGUUACCUCAUCAAAAACAGACCUGGAGUUAUGUUUUGUUUCAUUCACAUAUUUGAGUAACUCUUUAUUAUUAUUCUGUCUUCAUCUCCAAAGCGCAAAACGCUCUGUUCCACUUUGUGAUGCUCCUUUUGCCUUAAAUUCAGUAGAGAUUGGCAAUUCCAGAGCUGAAAUUAUCCAGAUUUGCAACAGAGUUUUUUGAGUUUUAGAAGAACUCAGCCUAAACGCACAGGGUUUGUGUGUUAAACGUGUGAAUGAAACAAAACACAACUCCAGGAAACAACAUUAUAACACAGAUCAGAAAACAGCGUAACAUGGGAGCUAUAAAAUAUUAAAUUUUUGUAACUCCAUAAAUCCAUUUUGCGAUGCUGCUUCUACAGUUGAUGCAUUAAAGUUCACACCACAGUUUCCAUUAGUUCCCAAGUCUUUGCCUGCACCUGCAUCUCUUCACGUUGGCAUGUUUUUACUCCACAUUUCGAUUUCUGAACAGCUCUAUAAUGCUGCAAAAUAGUCGACAGAUGUAAAGAUAUUUUUGCAACUUUUGUCCAGUUCUAGCAUCCUGCUUCUGUAUAUUGUGUAACUUAUCAAUUUAUGAGCCACUCAGAAGGUAAAUGGAUCUGUACACCUGUAUGGAAAUAUAAUUGUAGAUAAUUAAAUUUUACUAAAUCUG